AUGGCAUCGGCGCAAACAGCACUGCCUUACCAAACGCAGAAGUCAGGCCUCAAUAAUGGAAGCUCAUCGACGGCUGUGCACACGCGAAGAACAUCAUUAUCAUCGUUUCCGCCAUCGUCGCGUUCCGAGUCGCAGAUGUCACAUCACUCGAGGCCAUCGCGGUCGCCAAUCCCCCCAGGGCCUGGCGCCGGAGGCGUGGUUUCAGAGACGGAUCGCACCUCGAACCCCAGCUCCAAGUCCAAGACACCAUCCACAGGCACCGGUGUGUCGUCUCAGCACUCGUCACUUUCCGGCAACGGCGUCAUUCCUAUGCCGCGCUACAACUCUGACGCACAUCCCAAGCAGAGAAUGAAAUCCCAAUACCCGCGGGGCUCCAGCGAGAACCAUGUCGAGUAUAUAUUGGUCGCUUCUUUCGAUAUAGAUAGGGGGCCGAUCAUGGAGCAUCAGUAUCCUAUGGCUAUCACUGGUGACGAACACAUGCUGGCAGAGCUGAUGUUACCGGAUGGCGCCCACAUGCGGAACCAGGACUGGACGAUAUUUUUCCUCCACAAGGACACAAGCCAGGAAGAGGAAGAUGAGGAGAGAGAAGCGCGAAGACGGAGAAGGAGAAGGAGAAGAAACAAGGCCGCGGGCAUAAUUGACGAGGAAACAGACGAGGAUGAUAAUGAAGCUGAGGCAGAAGCAGAGGACGACGACGACGACGACGAAUUCGAUGAUGACGACUCUACCGAUAGUGAGCCUGAAGGCGGUGAGGGCCCACCCCUGGUCUACGUACUGAAUUUGGUGAACACGAAACAAGACAAAUCCGUGAAGAGAGGAGCUAUAGUGAAGGCGAUGGCCAUCUGCACAAGGCAUCCUUUCUUGCAUAUAUACAAGCCGCUAUUACUGUUAGCUCUGGAGGAAUAUUUCAAAUCCCCGGUGCCCGAAACUCUGGCCAUGCUUUAUGACUCUGUUAACGCGAUGGACUUGUCGUUGAUGCCCAAACUCAGCUUCCUCGAAAGGCAACUACUACAGUCAAGUGAGAACAAGGACCUCUUCGUCGAGAAAUUCGAACGUAUGGUUCAACAGCGGAUCGAGCAUGAUCGGGAAGGAGACAGCUCAGACCAACCUGUUGACCCUGGCCACGAGCGACCUAAACGGCCGGAGAUACAGCGAGCCGGGACCAAAGCUUUCCUCGAGGGGAAGGCCAUGUACUCCGUGCCCAGGGAUACUCACGAGUUUGAAAGCAAGGUCAUGUACAAAGGCAUCCCCAUUCCGAUCAAGGUGCCGGUAGCCGUCAUGCCCGAGUCCGUGGGUGACUUCUCUCUGAUCAAGUUGAUCCAAAACUUCUCUGAUCCCCAUGGGAAAUCACCACAACCAUUUCUGCCACAUGCGCAUCUCACCACGAACGGACCUACCACACAUCCAAUUAUCGUCCUGGCCAAUGCCCUUUUGACGCAGAAGAGAAUCAUUUUCCUUGGCCACAACAUGCCGUCAGGCGAAGUUGCCGAGGCCGUGCUGGCGGCCUGUGCCCUUGCCUCGGGUGGUAUGCUGAGGGGUUUCACACGCCAUGCAUUCCCCUAUACAGAUCUGACGAAAAUCGACGACCUUCUUAAGGUUCCUGGCUUUAUCGCGGGUGUCACAAAUCCAACAUUCGAGCACCACCCGGAGUGGUGGGACCUCCUGUGCGAUUUGCCAAAGGGUCGCAUGACCAUCAGCAGCAAGAUCGAGCCUGCGGCAGCAACGGAGGGUAUGGUGUACUUCCAACAGCAGAAUCCUUCCUAUGCAGGGCUCGUCAAUAUUUCCAGCUCCAACUCUUCCUCCAGCACGGACUUGACUGGAGAUCAGGCGUUCAUGACCGAUGUUCUCAAGAGCAUAGCCGCCCGCCACGGCGAGAGAGUUGUCAGGGCGAAGUGGAGGGACUGGGUCGUCAAAUUUACCCGGGUCGCUGCUGCGUUUGAGGAGAGCGUUUAUGGAGCGAGUGCACUGUACAUUGGGGGUGACGAAGGCGCAGAUGGCGGCGCGGUAAUCGCGCCCAGUUCCGGCGCAAAUGGCAUCCUCAGUGGGCAUGGGUACGUCUGGCCGGACGAGCCAUCGAAGCACAAGGAGCUGGCGGGAAAUGUUACGAGGAUCGAGGGGUGGAGGAAUACCAGGAGUUAUUACAGUUACAUCCAGGACAUGGCCAAGAUGUACACCAUCAAACCGCUCAAAGGGCUUGACUUACACCACCUCCACGACCGGCUACGGAUGCAGCGCAUGACACAAUCGCAGACUCGCGAGAUUUAUCUUGGCUUCUCAAAGUACGUUCGCAGCUAUGAAGAAAUCUGUCUGCUGCUUUCUGUGGCGCCAGAGUCGCAUGCAGGCCUGUUCUACCUUGCGUUGGGCCUGUUCCACAAGGAGAGGGAUGUUCGAAUCAAGGUCGCGGAGUUGCUGGACAGAAUCGGCGAGCAUGGAGCGGGCCAGCACUGGUGGAAGGGGAUGAGCCGAUUCGAAAAGCUGGCUUACAUGCGAAUCAAGAGGGAACUGGAAGUCGAAUCGAGGGCAAAGACUGGCGGCGCCAGUCCGGUGGAGCAAAGGUUGAGUUAA